AGCUGGAAGCAGCUGCUGUCCAUCACUUUGUAUGAAUCAGAUGUAGCUUGUGCUGCUGACAGGUUGCCUCUGACGAUCUCUGCAUGGUCGCGUGUGCCAUCUGGAUGCUCCUGCCCUGCCGAAAGAGCUGCACAGCACAUGCGGCACAGCACAGAGGACACACUGCACUGUCAUCACUCUGCAGUUUCAAGUCCCUCUCUGGAAUGUGCACAGACGCCUUACUGGCAGACCUGGAAUCCACCACCUCACAUAUCUCCAAGCGACCAGUGUUUCUCACAGAGGAAACACCUUACUCCUAUCCAACUGGAAACCACACGUACCAGGAGAUUGCUGUGCCCCCUCCAGUGCCCCCACCACCUUCCAAUGAGGCCCUGAAUGGAACUGUGAUCGACCCCUUAGACCAGUGGCAACCCAACACACCCAGAUACAGCCACCAGCAACCUCAGUCCCAGUCUCCUAUAUACAGCUCUAGUACCAAAAGCUCCAGUGCCUCGGUUCCUAAAGACGGGCUCAGCUCUCCUUCUCCCCGUGCCAGUGAAGAGGAACACGUCUACAGUUUCCCGAACAAGCAGAAGUCUGCAGAACCAUCUCCCACCAUGACCAGCUCCUCUCUGGGCAGCAACCUCUCAGAACUGGACAGACUCCUCCUGGAACUGAAUGCUGUUCAGCAUACACCUGCCAGUGGCUUCCCAGCAGAUGAAGCUGGCAGAAGCCCAUCACUGCCCAGCGUGGCUGGACCUCACUACGUUGUCCCAGAGAACAGCAGCUCUGGGGGAGGGAAGGCUGCACCCCCGACAAAGGAAAAGCCAAAGCGCAACGGUGCCCGUGGGAUCGAGGAUGUGCGUCCCAGCGUGGAGAGCCUGCUGGAUGAGCUGGAGAGCUCCGUGCCAAGUCCAGUGCCUGCCAUCACUGUGAGCCAGGGUGAGGUGAGCAGCCCCCAGCGGGUCACUGCCAGUCAGCAGCAGACCCGCAUAUCUGCUUCCUCAGCUACACGAGAACUGGAUGAGCUGAUGGCAUCUCUCUCUGACUUUAAGUUCAUGGCACAGGGGAAAGCCGGGAGCAGCUCCCCUCCAUCCACAGCCUCCAAGCCUGGCAGUCAGCUGGACACCAUGCUGGGAAGUCUCCAGUCUGACCUGAACAAACUGGGUGUAGCUACAGUUGCCAAAGGUGUCUGUGGAGCCUGCAAGAAGCCGAUUGCUGGGCAGGUAGUUACAGCCAUGGGGAAAACCUGGCACCCUGAGCACUUCGUCUGCACCCACUGCCAGGAGGAGAUCGGGUCGCGGAACUUCUUUGAGCGGGAUGGGCAGCCCUACUGCGAGAAGGACUACCACAACCUCUUCUCCCCUCGCUGCUACUACUGCAACGGGCCCAUCCUUGAUAAAGUGGUGACGGCUUUGGACAGGACAUGGCACCCUGAACACUUUUUCUGUGCCCAGUGUGGAGCUUUCUUUGGACCUGAAGGAUUUCAUGAGAAGGAUGGCAAAGCCUAUUGCCGCAAGGACUACUUUGACAUGUUUGCUCCCAAAUGUGGAGGCUGUGCCCGGGCUAUCCUGGAAAACUACAUCUCUGCCUUGAACACCCUGUGGCACCCCGAGUGCUUUGUCUGUCGGGAAUGUUUCACCCCGUUCAUCAAUGGCAGCUUCUUUGAGCACGACGGGCAGCCCUACUGCGAGGUGCACUACCACGAGCGCCGUGGCUCCCUCUGCUCCGGGUGCCAGAAGCCCAUCACAGGACGCUGCAUCACUGCCAUGGGCAAGAAAUUUCACCCUGAACACUUUGUCUGUGCCUUCUGCCUCAAGCAGCUCAACAAAGGAACCUUCAAAGAGCAGAACGACAAGCCCUACUGCCAGAACUGCUUCCUCAAGCUCUUCUGUUAGAGGCACCAUCGAUGGGCGCUAAAGCAUCUUUCUGCCACCCCCUCGGCAGUUCUGUCUCUCUGAACAUUACUGUGAUUUAGGAACCUUACCAGGCAGGGGAGGAGGGGGGUGGGGGGUGGGGAGUGCUUUCUGCUGCUGUGGAGAGGCAGUAGAUCCAGAGAUGAGACGGACCAUUAAACUGGAAACGCCCUUGCUGUGUCUCAGUAGAGAGAGGCCGAGAUCCCUCAUGACGGUGUGUGUGUCUGUGUGUGUGACUGACAGCUGAGCUUAGCUCGAGGGCUCCAACAGGGAGAGCUUCCCAGCCCCCUCCUGGCAGCAGGAGUCUUUGCCAGUACGUUUCAGCCUGUGUCAGCUCCCUGAGCAAAUCGAGACACUUGCAGACAACACAGCCCUCUGCUUUGACACCUCCUUCUCAGGCUUUUGCCUGCACGUGUGCAGGGUGAGCGACAGCCCAGCAAGGGCACCCUGUAACCUCAGGGCCACCCUGGCUCCCCUCACAGAGCCACACCAUGUGUGUGACUUGCUGAGACCAGAGCACCAGCACAGGCAGCCAAGACCCUGCAAGGGUCUCUCCAGUUCCAUUACACUGUAAGGAGAUAAUACCACUUACUUUUUUUUUUUUUAAUUAAGAGGAAUCAAGAUGUUACUGUGUGGGGUGGGGUUUUUUUCCCCCUAGUUUGUUAUGUCCUUUCUCGAUGCCUUUUCUCAGCACACCAGAGCAGGAGGUGGGAUAAACCCUGACCACCCCUUAGUGCUGAUGUGUGCUCCUUGUGGGAACAUCCCAUGCCAGGCAUCUCCAUCCAGGCCAGCUCAGGGCAUCUGCUCCCCUCGCCUGCUGCUCCUGGGGGAGAGGAAGAGGGAUCAUCCCUUCUUUAAAUGCAGGUGCAGAGAGGUCAGAGCAGCCUUUUUCAUCCAUCCCUGUUAUGAGUGAGUGUGGUGUGUGUGUGUUUAUCUGGCCUGAAACUCUCCCAUCUGUCAGGGCCUGAAACUGUCACAAGAGUGGGGAGAAGUGGAGGGGGUUAAGAAGCCAGGAGAAAAAAAAAAAUCCUAAAUUUAUAUCCUUUCUUCCUCUUUGCUAAUGAGACCUGUCAGCCCCUUGGUGUUUCCGUUUUCUGUGCUCUUGUUAAACAUGUUCUACUGAGAGAUGCUACAGCAAUAACCUUUUAUAUUGACUGUUACUGGUAUAACAAGUCCCGUGGGUCAGGUGUGCGUGACACACCUGGAAUUUUACUAUCAAAGUGAAUACUGUAUCCAGUCUUUGAUAAGAACUGUAGAUUUCUACACUGAUUUUGAAUUCAUAUCUAAUUUACUUUUAAUCCUCUUAUACAGAAAUUGGUUUUGAAGUGAUUUUAAGAAAGCAACUUUUAUAUCAAGCUGUGCUGUUCUAGGCAGUGUGCCAGUUGUGCUGGCUUGCUGCAUCUAUAACCUCAAUGCUUUGUUAAGCUGAACUAACAUUCAAUAUUUCCUUUUUAUUGCGGGUUGGGAGGGGCUGGAAUCUAUGGGGAAGGGAACGUGACUUGUAUUUUUUCCCUAGCACAGGCAGGUGAACUGUGAAUAGCUUUUUUUUUUUUCCCUCCUCUGGGUCACCUGAAAGUGUGUUUUCUGGUUUUAUUGUAACCUGUAAACUGCUGUAUUUGAAUCACCUGCCUUUCUCCCAAAGCCCAGCUUCCAGGAUGUUUGAGUAAGUCUUAAUGUGAUGCUUUGGGGGAGGAGCUAAGACCUUUGCCCUCUGUUUCUCCUCUUCAGGCACCUGAAAUCAGAGCAGGGUAAAUUGGGGAAGGCGCUCCUUUUGUCCUGUGGAAAAAAGGUCUUGUGACUGAAGAGGAGAAACUGGGAGAGACAGACUCUGUUCCUGACUAACUGUGUAACUUUGGGCCAGUCACUAAACCUUACUGUGCCUCAGUUUCCCCAUCUGUAAAAUGGGGGCAGUUUAGCCUGGAUUUGUGAGGUUAUUGUGAGGCUUAGCUCGUGUUUGCUAAAGCACUUUUAGGUCUCUGGCUGGAGGGUGCUAUGGAGAGGGAAGGACUGCACUGAAAUUCCCAGUGCUGUUCUGUGGUACCAGCCGAGGCAGCCCAGGGAGCAGUGUUUGGAAUUACUGCUCCAGAGUGCUACAGCACUGUCACCAGAGGCAUCUGGGUGUGCUUUGCAGCUUGGCAGGUGCAUUAGGGGCCCAGGGGUGGCUGUGUCAGAAACCAGCUCAGCCUUGGGGGAAAACUGCAGGUCCCUGUCACACAACCUUGUCGUGGUGCUGCCCUGCCCUGCUCGGAUCACUGAAACUGUUUCACUCAUUUCCCCUACAAAUGAACUCAGUGUGUGGGUGUGAGGCCGAAGGGAGCUGUGAGAGCACUGGAGCUGUGUCAGCUGGGCUGAGUGUAGCUCUGGGAGAGUUCAUGAGGCAAGAAUCCUUAUGCAUUUGCCUUUUCAUCUGUGAAGUCGAUUUGACUUAAAUGGGUGUUCCUAAGCUGCGUGUGUUUAUCUCACUGAAAAGGUCAGUCCUUGGUGCCACUGAGAGGACACACAGCUGUUGUGUCCGAGUGUCAGAAAGGGGUGAGAUGUUUUUGGCACUGCCACUAUGUGCGUGACACCUGCAAACUGUGUAAUCGUGUGCCUCAGUUUCCCUGCGCAGGGAGUCUUUAACCUACCUCACUCACUGCUGGUUGAGGGUUGUGUCAGUGACACUCCUGGCACACGUGGAAGGCCCUGGGUGCUGUGAGGGCUGUCGGGGGCCGAGGGGAGGCUCGGUGUCCUUAGUGCUUAACUGAGAUCAUUACACAUUUACCUCCUGCCUUCAUCUGGUGCCUGACACGCUGGGAUGUUGCACCGAUGCUACUCUGCCAAAUAACGACUUGUGGUGUCCCAAAUGCCUGUGUAGUUCAUUGCAGGUGCAGUUCUAGGGUGGCACAGCCGGGUGUGGGGCUGGGGAUGGUGCUGGGGGUCCCCAGCCCUGGAGAGGAGCGGGCAGGGGCUGUGAGAGCUGCUCCGAGAGGGUCUGUGUGUGCACCCCCGGACCGGGCGCUACCCCUGGGGAAGGUCUUUCUCUCCACGUCCGGGCUGGGCUGGGGGAAGCUUGGCUGGGUCGACAAUUAUUUGAUUUUUUUCCCCCCCCUCUCAUGUAAACUUCUAACUCCGCUUUUUUUUUUCCAUUUUAAAUUCUUGCAGUUACGCCAAUAAAGUUUUUACCGUUAUUCUCA